AACAAAUUUGAGCUGAUGUAAAGAUCGUCUACAUCUCGGAAUUUAUUAUUUAUAACUAUUUUUAUAAAAAUAGAAUACGUUUUACUUAAGUUUCCACGCAAAAUAUAAGAUGAUUUAUAGGACCUUAUUUGUACGACAUAGUACAUUUUAUGGAACCGAUAGAGUUCUCAAUAAAUUGAAAUACAAUAAGUUGCAAGAGUGGGUUGGAAACAGAUUUAAGAACUUUGAGUUUGUAAGAAUACUCGGACCUACCGCUGAAGAAGUGAUAAAAGAUGUGGAUUUGUCAAAUAAGACAUGUUUAAUUACUGGCGCCAAUAGCGGCAUUGGUUUAGAAAUAACGAGGUGCCUGAAUGCUCACGAUUGUAAACUGUUGAUGGCAUGUCGAAACUCUUAUGAAGCGAGCGUCGUAGCGAAAAAUGUGUGCGAAAAGAAAGAAAAUAUCAAGCUGUACGAACUGAAUCUUGCCUCUUUAGCAUCGGUUAAAAAAUGCUCCGAUAUGAUUCUUAAAAAUGAAAAGAAACUGGAUAUAGUCAUUUUAAACGCGGCCACAUUUGGUUUACCAUGGACACUGACCGAAGAUGGUUUGGAAACGACAUUUCAAGUGAACUAUUUGGCACAGUUUUUCCUUAUCAUGACUUUGGAGGGCAUCCUGGCACCGGACGCAAGAGUCGUUUUUACUGGUUCGGAAUCUCAUAGAAAUAUAAAAUGGCCAAUAGAGAAAAUAAUAUCACCAACUCUGGAAGAUAUUUCCCUGCCCAGGGAACAGUAUACGUCGAUAAAAGCUUACAAUAUAUCCAAGUUGUGUUGUUUACUCGCAAUGCACUAUUUGGGAUAUCGUUGGUUAAAUACUAAUAUCUCUGUGUUAACUGCACACCCUGGUACGUUUGUUAAAACAAGAUUAUCCCGAAACUGGUGGGUUUAUGAGAUGCUGUAUACUGCUAUGCUACCCUUUUCCAAGAAUGUGGAACAAGCUGCUAGUACCGUAAUCUACAGCGCCAUCUCACCAGAGUUAGCGGGCCUCUCCACCAUAUAUUUGAAAGAUUGCCAACGUUGCAACGAGAGCUCUAUGGCUAGAGAUACGCAACUGUCAUUUAAACUUCAAGAUCUAACACGUGACGUUAUUCGUGAUCGGAUCUUGGAUUACGAUUAUAGUAUUGUGAAACCAGAGGAAAUACAGAAAGAUGUUGGAAAGGAACCUGUUGAGGAAACUUUUGCGUCUAAUUACACGGGCUAAUCGUGAAUUGUUUUUUGUUGAAAAAUAAAGACAUUUAAGUUA